GAGCUAAAGAAAUUAUUUUAUCAUGCGGUAGAAUUGUACUUGGUGAUCAAAGUAGGAAUGUUUUGGACGACUCUCUCCUUACCCUUAAUUCGUUGUUGCUGAAUGUUAGGAGAAUGUGCACCGAACAUCCGAGGAUGGAAGAACUUGCUAACAUCAUUGUCCGUAUGAUUGAAUCCAUAGAGCAACAUAAGAAUUCCUCGUUUCCAUCGGUCAGGUUCUUUUCUGCCAAUCAACAGAGGACAAGAGGUCGUCCUGUGUAUGUAAUUUCUCGAGAACAGCUGGAAUUCUUCAUUGAAGCUGGCUUUACAAGACGACAAAUGGCAGAUCUUCUGCAUGUGUCUGACUCAUCGGUCAAGCGAAGGCUUAGAUCCUUUGGUUUAAAGCUGAGGCAGACAUACUCGGUGCUGUCAAAUAAUGCAUUAGAUGAUCUUGUACGAGAAGUGACCCAAGGGAACCCGUCCCUUGGUCAGAGAAUGGUUCAAGGCCUGCUGCAGAGCCGAGGACAUAGAGUUCAGAGGCAGAGAGUUGCUGACAGCCUAAUACGAGUUGAUGCCUCAGCAGUGGCUUUGAGAUGGUGUCAUUCCAUAAGACGACGGGUCUACAAGGUUGCAGCACCAAAUUCAUUGUGGCAUAUUGAUGGAAACCACAAGUUAAUCAGAUGGGGCUUUGUCGUCCACGGUGGGAUUGAUGGAUACUCGAGACUGUGUGUCUUCCUGAAAGUAUCCACCAACAACCGUGCAACCACGAUGACGAAAGCCUUCAUAAAUGGUACUAGGCAGUAUGGUGUACCUUCCAGAGUGAGAUCGGAUAAAGGUCUGGAAAACACAGGAGUUGGAGCCUUCAUGAUAUCCUAUCGAGGCCCUGGUCGUGGAUCCUUCAUUACUGGGAAUAGCGUCCACAACCAGAGGAUCGAGCGGCUCUGGAGGGACAUGUAUUCUGCAUGUACCAAUGUGUUCCACCAGCUCUUCCAACAUCUAGAGGAGACGGGUCGCUUGGACCUGAGCUCGGAAGUACACAUGUGGUGCUUACACCUCGUGUAUGUUCCACUCAUUCAGCGGGCCUUAGACCGCUUCCGUGACGGAUGGAACUGCCACAGACUGAGUGAGGAGAGGGGCAGAACACCCACCCAGCUUUAUCUGCAGGGCAUGAUAGAGCAUGCAGGACGUGGUCAUCGAGGGGUUGAUGACAUGUUCUUUGAACCUCAGGAGGAACAACUGAGUGUCUCAGAGGAGGACUAUGGAGUAGAUGAGGAAGCUCCUGUAGCCUCAGCAAAUGACGAUGAGCUACAGGUGUUCUCUGUUACAACACCCAUUGACCAUGAACAAAUGGCAGAACUAACUAAUAGAAUUAGACCCUUGUAUUCAGAGGAUGGUUUGGCUGUUGACUUGUUUGAACAGGCUGUGUCCUUUUGUUCCCAGGCAUUAAACAUAUAAUGACGUAUACUGAACAGUUCUAAGUGGUCAAUGGGUUGUAACAGAGGACACCUCUGGCUUCGUCGUUUUCUAAGUUUCAGUAGCUUCCUCAUCUACUCAGUUGUUGUUCCUGAGGUUCAAAGAACGUCAUCCACCCUCGAUGACCACGUCCCGCAUGCUCUAUCUUGCCCUGCGUGGUUGAACAAGUUGUCAUCCCCCCCCCAGAGGGUUAGGGGAUACAAACUUGCAAUCAUAUUCCCGCUUUCACACCUGUAAGCUAUCAUACACUUAGUGUUUGAUUGAUGUACCUAAUGUAUAUUGUUAUACAUAUGAACACCAGUAUGAAGUUUCCUCAAAGGACUAAUUUGUCGUACUUAUUUAGUAAAAAGUAAAUACAUGUUGAAUUUUAAAGUUUUGUAGCGUUUUAUUGAGGUUUAACUUAACAUAAUUUCUAAAAGAAUUAGUUGUUGUUUUUGCAUGGGAAUGUUUAAUUCCAAUUUGUAUACUCAAUUGAUGUAGAUUGCAGAUAGAAAAAAAAAGAUAACAAACACGAUCCAAAGUGUGACUUACUUAUCUGGUAGACAUUCACAGAUGGAUGUAAAUGAAAAUGCUGAAAAUGUGUUAUCUAUUCUGAUUUUAUCUGAAGAAUCAGGAAUAUUAGUAAACGUUAUGAAUGUAAUGUUUAAUAUUGUCUUCAAUUAACUUUUGAUAUCUGGAAUUUUAUAGCUCCUAGCUUUUGAUGUUUGAAAGUUUUCUGAAUAAAUGAUUUAGUUUUGUUAAGCAAUAUGUAUGUAAACGAGAUUUCAAAUUAUAGAUAUUAACCGUGUUAGCUUGAGUGUAGGACAUUAGCCCUCUUGGACAUUAGCCCCUAGGACAUAAGCCCCUCAGGACGCUAGCCCCAUUAGCCCAUAGGACUUUUUGCCCUUUGUGUGUUAGCCCCUACCCAUUUUUAAAUAUUUCUUAGGUAUUAAAUGUCAUCUUUUUAAAAAUAAAAUGCAAUUAAAAGGUAGAAGAUGCUAAAAAUAUCAGAUUGACAUAUCUUUUAUAAGAUUUUUAGUAACAGAGCACUUAAUUAAUAUGUAUAAAUAAUCAUGUUCUACUGUGAAAUUGUGUUAUUUUAAGAGUGAUUAAAAAUUAAGAAAAAGUUAUUAAAGAUUUUAGCAACUGGAUAAAAAACAAUAGUAUUACAUAAUCUGUACUAUAUGUGUUGCAUCAACUAAUUCAAGUACAUUAUGAGGUUAAUUGGUAUUACAGUUUACUAUUUUAUUAUUGGUGCCGAAUAUCCAAGGUUGAAAGUAUCUAUUGUCUUCCCUGCCAAAUUGAUAGCAGAUGGCUGACUUAUGUAUAAUGUGUGUUCCUUGCGAUACUGUAAAUACAUGCUUUCUAUGUGUUUAUUUGUACUUGAAUUGUUUAUAUUUUUUAUGUUUUCUAUGUGUUUUAUAUGUGUUUCUGCAGAAACUGUAAUAUAUCUGAUGUAUGAUGUAUGUUCCUUGGUAUAAUACAGAAACCAUACGCAGACUAUGUUUGCAUGUUUGUUGGUUACUUUUACAUACAUUUUGUAAUAUGGGAAAAUAAAGUAUGAUAUGAGGCCUUAAUGACGUUUCAAGUGUUAAGUCUAACCAGACUAUGCUAGUGUUUGCUAUCUACAACUGUAAUGUAUUUUAGUGAAAUACGAGCACAUUGCUCGAUGUACAUGCUUUUUGUAUUACGAUAAAUAGAUAUGACAUGUUGCCUUAAGCCCCUUUGUAUUAUUAUAGUUACAAGGCUAUAAUAGAUUUGCUCUGUACAACUAGUAUUUUAGUGACCUAAUUUGAAAUUGUUAAAUGCAGAAUUGAUUCUGAUGUUUAUGCUAAUAUCAUACCAUGUAACCGUUCUAUCAUAUGAAUAAAUAUGACAAAAACAUCCAUAAUGUCUUACUCGUUAAAGCAUAAGGUAUUUUAAGAUCUUACAAUUAAUGUAUUAUAACGUGUCAUUAUAACUCUAGUUUCCACAACAUUUGUCUUUCGGUAAGACAAAUAUACGACAAGUAAAUAUAUAGUGUUAAGUUUAGUCCAGAUGUUAGUGAUAGCAGUUGCCAAUGAUAUAAGUCUGACAUUUUGGUUUCGGUAAGGCAUAUAUAUAUCUAUGGCACUCUUAAUGUUAUUCUAUAGAUGAUAAAAUACCAUCUGUGAUAGAUAUUUAAUUCAUACAAGCUGAAUGAUUAAACUUUAUUAUCUCUUUGUAAUUAAAGAUUUCUCUGCGAUUGGUUGUUUUACUUGUUUUUCGUAAUAGUAAAAUCGAACUAAAUUAUAAACAUAUCCGGUAGAUGCACAUGUGAAGAGGCAGAUGUAAAGAAACCUAUAAUGCAGGAAAAAGUGAUGUUAUAUAGCAUAUUUAUGUUAAUGUGUAUAUAUGAGUACUCUUUUGUCAUUGUUUGUGAAAUCGUCGUGUAUGUUUCGAAUACAGCCUCAAAAGGCUUCUUUAAACAACACGCUAUCAUGGUUAUAUGAUGAUAUUUGAUAGCACGAAACAAAUUAGGAUAAAUAUAUGCUACAUUUUUAAAAGCCAAUUUCUAUGUUUUCUACUUUAUUAAUAGAAUAUCAUCCAGUGAUCGUUACAAGACUAAAGUAAAUAAAGGCAGCCUUACUACCCGAAUUUAUUAAUUAAAAUAAAACUAUUUUAAUUAAAAAUAAAAAAAAAUAAAAAAAUAAAAUAAAAUAAAAAGAUGAGAUGAGAACAUAUUGUAUUAUAGUUGUAUUGUAUUAUAGUUUGUAUUAUUGGCUAAAUGCUUAGAAUACGUUCCAUAAAUAUCUUGCAUGUAUGUUUUUGAAAUAUUGUUCUUAAAGCGAUCUUCUCCAAAUGUUGGAAACAUACAACUGCAACUUUUGUUAAAUUUUUGUAUUCUUGUAUGCACUGUUUGCCAAUACUUGUAUUGUAUAUAUGUCCUCAUGGGCUUAAAUGCCUUAUUGGAUUGAAAUAAACUGUCUUGUCUUGUAUUGGUGUUUGUUGAAAAAUGAUUAUGCAUUUAACAUCAUUAUGCAUUCACACCUUUAUUAAUGGCUGUAUGUGUAAGCACAUGUAAUUACUUAUAAUCU